AUGUCAGCUGCAGGAAAAAAAUACGACAAUAAGGACACAGACUUAGUGCCUGAAGUAAAACGACUGAAAUCUAGCUUUGAAAAGCAAGACAUAUCACUUGUUGUCGGUGGAAAAAGACUGUACAUUAACAAAGCUGAACUAAUGGAGAAGUCGCCAGUUUUUAAAACAAUGUUUACCGCAGAUUUUAAGGAAAAAAAUGCACUUGAAAUACAACUGCCUGAUAAAGAUUUGCAUCAUUUCUUGAUGUUUCUAAGGUGCACCCUUGACGGGUAUGAUGAUUCUAUCAACGACUUGAAUGUUCACUUUAUCAUUCCAAUAGCGCACGAAUACCAAGUGAAGCAAACUUUAGAUAAAGCUGAUUUGUUCCUGUCAAAUCAUUACGUAAACCGAAAUUUGGGUGGAAAUGCAUGUAAAGAUAUAGUUAAUGGCAUUAUCGAAGCUGAAAAAUACGAUCUCACUCAAACUUUGAACACUUUGAUAGACUUUGCAUCAAGAAAAAAAUUUGCUUAUAUUUCUCAGGCAAGUGAUUUCAAUGCAAUUUCAAAAAGAGUUUUACAUAAAAUAUCGAUGGCGAGAUGGCAGAAGGAUAUUGAUGGUAAUACUGGUAAACAAUGUACAGCAUCAAAUGGUUCAUACGAAGUUCGAAACUAG